UUUUGGUUAAACUUUACAUUUAGGGCUUUGGCUUAAAGAGGAGAGGAGCGCUCAUGAUCCGAUUCGUGCUGCUCAUCAGCAGGCAGGGAAAGGUGCGAUUGACGAAAUGGUACUCGCCAUACACGCAGAAGGAGCGACUUAAGGCGAUUCGCGAGCUCAGCGCGCUCAUUCUUCCCAGAGGACCCAAGCUCUGUAAUUUUGUCGAGUGGAAGGGACUCAAGGUCGUCUAUAAGAGGUAUGCGAGCCUCUACUUUUGCAUCUGUGUGGAUUCUGAGGAUAACGAAUUGGAUGGUCUCGAGGUGAUUCAUCACUAUGUCCAAGUCUUGGACCGCUACUUUGGAAAUGUUUGCGAGCUAGAUCUCAUCUUCAACUUCCACAAGGCUUAUUUCAUACUGGAUGAGAUUCUAAUCGCUGGCGAGCUUCAGGAAUCGAGCAAAAAGUCCGUCUCUCGCGUCAUCUCGGCUCAGGACACUCUGGUAGAGAACGCGAAAGAGCAAGCCAGUUCGCUGAGCAAUAUGAUCGCCCAGGCCACAAAGUGAAACGAGCACGAGUUCCAGUAUCAGUGAGCUAGCGGCGCAAGAUUUCCAAUCUGGCACAAAGCCACGGUUCCAGGUGCUCUAGUGACCAUAAAAUAAAUCUUCUUCUUCUUAUUAACACGGGCAUAAGAUUUAGACGUCA